AUGAAGCGGGACUCGCAAAUAACCCCGCAUCGUUCUGACCUAUUUAAGUACGUUACCUUGAACGCUGGCGUCGAGGUGACUAUUGCGGAUUGCAAGAAGUUAUGCGUUUAUAGAAGAGGAACGGUCGAGUUGAAGGGUCUCGACGACAGACGCGUCAAGUUGAUGGACGUCUCGUACACCCCAAGACUCGAAAGACGCCUCUUGUCGGCUGGGAGACUAGCUGAGUGUGGCUUGAGUGUUGAUUUUCGAUGUUUCUUGUGCUUAAUCCGGGGCGCAAGCAGCGCAAUUGCUCUGGGGAAUGAGGUGGGCAAGGCUAUCCUGCUCGACUUUCAGCAAGAGGAAGCACGGUUUGAUACACUGAUCAAGACCCAGCGUUCCACGAACGACAUACCUGCGGUAAAACGAGGUAUCGAGAAACUGGGUGGUGGCUGCAUGAAAGACAACCAUACCGUUACGUCGUUUCCGUUACGGUAUGUGACGAAGGCAUCGCAUGUGUUGGAACUUGUCCACACGGAUGUAAUGGAACCGAUGAUAACGCUCUCAAAAGGUGGCGCAAAGCAUGUGCUGACACUCGUGGACGACUACUUAAUGUAUGUAGUAGCGUACUUUCUGAAGAAGAAGAGUGAGGUGGUCGGCAAACUGAAGGAGUUUUAG